GAAAAGUGGAUAUAACAUAAAUAGCUAACAAAGAGGAAUACUAUGUGAUAUGCAAUGAUUAAAAUAUUUUCUAAGCAAUUUUAAAUGAAAUACAAGAUUUUAUAACACUAUGCUAUAUGAACAGGGUGGGUUGUCAACCAUUUGUGUUGAUGAUUUAGGUUAGGUUAAAAUGUAUAUAUUAUGGUCGCCACUCCCCUGGCCGGCCCGACAAGACGCGCCAGUAGCGCGGCACUGAUUCCUCUCGGGCUCGUGGGCGCUGCUCUGAGCAGCGUCACCCUUUAUACCAGAAAGCUGGCAGGCACUACGGGGAAAAAACAAAACAAGAAGAAAGUGGAGGAGGUGCUAGAAGAAGCGGAAGAAGAAUAUGUGGUGGAAAAAGUUCUCGACCGUCGAGUGGUAAAGGGCAAGGUGGAGUACCUCCUAAAGUGGAAGGCGUUCUCAGAUGAGGACAACACAUGGGAGCCAGAAGAAAACCUGGAUUGCCCCGACCUCAUUGCUGCGUUCCUGCAGUCACAGAAAACAGCACACGAGACAGAUAAAUCAGAGGGAGGCAAGCGCAAAGCUGAUUCUGAUUCGGAAGAUAAGGGGGAGGAGAGCAAACCAAAGAAGAAGAAAGAAGAGUCAGAAAAGCCACGAGGCUUUGCCGGGGGUUUGGAAUCAGAGUGGAUUAUUGGAGCUACAGACUCCAGUGGAGAACUCAUGUUCCUGAUGAAACGGAAAAACUCUGAUGAGGCUCACCUGGUCCCUGCCAAGGAAGCCAAUGUCAAGUGCCCACAGGUUGUCAUAUCCUCCUAUGAGGAAAGGCUGACGUGGCAUUCCUACCCCUCUGAGGAUGAGGACAAAAAAGAUGACAAGAAUUAACUCUCCUGAGUACCAGCCCCUGUCACAUCUGACUGUGGGUUUCAAGUGGGGAAAGAAGGAGUUCUACUUGUCUUGACACCAUAGAGGGGGCUUGAGAAGAUGUCCUUUGAAGAGCCAGUAUAGUUUCUGUGCCCUAAAUUCACUAAAUUACUUUAAAGCCGCUCCAUGCUGUAUAGUUUGCACACCCAUCCCAGUGGAGGGGAAGGAGGGUCAGUGUUUCAAGGCAACUCAUUCUGAACUUUGCUGAGAAAAGCAAAGGGCCUUCUAUGAAGGACAAAACUUGCAGAAUGGGAUGUGGGAGAGCAAAAGAUAUUGUAGAUCUUCAAAGAGCAUCUCCACAACCCACAGCCUUCUUCCCAGUAGUGUUAACUCUGCAUUUUUACAGCGUAGCAUGUAUGUA